AUGUAUUAUGCGGCAGCCUUCUUUUUCGCUACACAGCUUUUCAGCCCCGUCAUCAAAGCACAAAAUGCUACCACAACCAGCUUCACUUGUCAACCGGGCCAGCCUUGCUGGCCAACGAUCGCACAGUGGGAGGCCUUCAACCAGACUAUAGCAGGGCGUCUGAAGAUUACAACAAUGCUUGCCAGCCCCUGCUUCCCAAGCUCCCCCAACUUCAACAACACCGACUGCGCCGAUACUCGGCAAAAUUAUACCAGUGCUCAAUUUCGAGGGACCGUAUAUGGCGCCAUGGACAUAACUCAAUGGGAAGCUUGUGGUUCGGCGAAUUGCUAUCCUGGCUUUCUUCAGCCUCAGGGGCCGACGUGUGCGCUGGGAAGACUGUCUGCACUUUAUGUCGAUGCCGAAGAGGCUGCGGAUGUCACGGCCACUCUCGGAUUCGUGAGACGUCAUGGGAUCCGUCUCGUUGUGAAAAAUACUGGCCACGAUGUUCUAGGACGCAGUGCUGCUGCCAACACUUUGGCUCUUCGUGUCUAUAAUCUCAAAAACAUGUCGUUCCAUUCUUCCUUUACUGCCCGCAACUGCUCUACCUCCAACAGACAAAACGUGGGUGUAAUCGGAGCCGGUGUCAUUGCAGAAGAUGCCGUUGCAUUCUUUAGCAAGCAAGGCAUGAUGGUCACAGUUGGUGGAUGUCCUUCUGUUGGCAUUGCUGGAGGAUUUGGCCAAGGUGGUGGCCAUGGCCCUCUUGCUCCGAGUGUCGGGCUGAUGGCUGAUCAAGCAAUCGAGUUUGAUGUCGUUACCAUGGACGGAGUAUUCCGUACAAUUAACAAAUGCAACGACCCUGAUCUAUUUUGGGCAAUGCGUGGCGGCGGAGGGCAAUCGUACGCGAUUCUUAUCAACUACAAGUUUCAGCUACAGCCUCAAGUGGCAUGGGCAAACUGGCGAUUGGAGGCCACUCUCACUCCUCCCACGGAUAACAUAACCCAGAAUACGCUCCUGCGCGACAUCCUUACAACUUUAGCCGAUCAACAGAUUACAUGGUCUGAGAAUCGUAUCGCUGGCUAUAAUGGUAUUUCUCCAACGUCGCUCUCGAUGAUGGAAAUGCUACCAGGUGGUGAGAAGCCGUUGCAAACACUGCAAUCGGUAACUGCGUCUUUUCGCAGCCUCAUUACCAACAUGCCCGGUGUGAAUAUUACAUUGGAUUCAUAUGCGCUGUACCCUGAUCAGAACGCCUUCUAUAUCGGCAACACAGAAUACUGGAACUACCUUUCAGCUGUUGGGGUUUCACUCAUAACCACUAGUCGUCUCAUCACCAAAGACAACUUCGAGUCUCUGACAAAAGUGAACUCAUUAGUGGUUGACCAGCUUGGAGCGCAACCGGCACCACAGGUACAGUUUCAAUUCUUAACAUCCGUACCUAGCAAUACUCCAGAUUCAGACCAGGAGACAAGUGUAAACCCUGCCUGGCGAGACGCGCUGUGGCAUUUUGUUUCUUCAGCUGCAUGGUCUCCAGAUACACCGGAUGCAACUGCUAUGCAAAUCACCGCAGCAGCCCGAGCGGCCUUGGACAUUAUCAAGGAGCCUCUUGUUGUCCAGGCGGCGUACCUGAACGAGGCUGAUCCUGAGGAGCCGGAUUGGCAACAUGUUUUCUUCGGGAAGCACUAUGCCAAGUUGCUUCAAAUAAAGCGAAAGUGGGAUCCUGACACUUUGCUUAACUGCAAAAAGUGUGUAGGCUAUCUUGGACCUCGGGAUCCGAUGUAUUCUUGCGAUGGAGAUGCUCCGAAUCCCUCGGUCCCAUACCCAUUUACAUGA